CCCACCUGCCGUAUUGGCGCUUAUUACGAAGUAGCUGCUUGGCAGUUCUUGCGCGGCGCUGAGCGUCCCGGUGCUUCGACUCGCUGGCUAACCGGCAGGCAUGAAAGCGGGCGUGACCCAUUGCAGAUGUUCCAGAUGCUUCUCCGUCCCUUCAAAGCGAAGGAUGAGAAAGAGGCCCAGAGUCCUGACGCUGCUGAGCCUUCCAGAAGAUGUUCUCUUUCAUGUCCUGAAGGGGCUACCUGCCGAAGACAUCCUUUCCCUGCGUGCUGUCCACUCUCAUCUUAAGUACCUUGUAGAUAACCACGCUAGUGUUUGGGCAUGUGCGAGUUUUCAAGAAGUGUGGCCUUCGCCAAGCAAUUUAAAAAUGUUUGAAAGGGGUGCUGAGAAGGGCAACUUUGAAGCUGCUGUGAAACUGGGAAUAGCCUACCUUUAUAACGAAGGCUUGUCCGUCUCGGAUGAGGGCCGUGCCGAAGUGAACGGGUUGAAAGCCUCGCGUUUCUUCAGCCUGAUGGAGCGCCUGAACGUCUGCGCAGCCCCGUUUGUCUGGCUCUUCAUUCGCCCUCCCUGGUCUCUGAGCGGGAGCUGUUGUAAAGCAGUCGUCUACGAAAGCCUCAAAGCAGAAUGCCAGAUGCAGCAAGCUCAGAGAGGAUCGAUUCUGUAUUGCCUGGCUAAGGUCCUACAACUCUUUGAGGAUGAAGAAAGGAAGAAAGAAGCCCUUGAAAUGUUUGAGAUAUCCUCAAAGCAAGGAUGUUUGCACAGUGCCUACCUCCUCUGGGAAAAUAACAGAAAAGCUGCUAUGUCAGACCCUGGUAGAUACCUCCAGAGCCUCAGGAAACUCAGGGACUAUGCGGCUAAGGGGUCCUGGGAGGCCCAGAUAGCGCUCGCCAAAGCCUGCGGAAAUGGAAACCAGCCAGGGCUGGAAGCCAAAGCCUCCAAUGAGCUGGUGUCGCAGCUCUUCCAGGCCUCUCUCCCUCUCAGCAAGCAGAGCAUCUUCAGUGUUCAGAAAGGAAUGAAUGAGACCAUGAGAUACAUUCUGAUCGAUUGGCUGGUGGAAGUGGCCACUAUGAAGGAUUUCUCCAGCCUCUGUCUCCACAUGACAGUGGGUUGCGUGGACCGGUACUUGAAAUUGAGGCCUGUGCCCCGGGCUCGUCUUCAGCUCUUGGGAAUCGCAUGCAUGGUUAUUUGUACACGCUUUAUCAGCAAAGAUAUUUUGACAAUACGGGAAGCGGUUUGGUUGACAGACAACACAUAUAAAUAUGAAGAUCUUGUCCGAAUGAUGGGAGAAAUCAUCUCCGCUUUGGAAGGCAAGAUACGGAUUCCCACUAUUGUGGACUACAAAGAAGUGCUACUGAACAUCAUCCCAGUGGAGAGAAGAACGGCGCACCUGUGCGGCUUCAUUUGUGAACUCUCAUUCCUCAACACCAGCCUCUGCCAGUACUCGCCUGCCCGCUUAUCUGCCGCAGCACUGUUGCUAGCUAAAGUACUCCACCGGCAAGCUCACCCAUGGACAAGGCAGUUAUCAGAAUGCACAGGAUUUUCCCUUGAAGAGCUGAAAAUCUGUAUGCUGAGUCUCCACAAGAAGUGCUUUCACGAUGAUGUUCCGAAGGAUUACAGGCAGGUGCCUCUGACCGCUGUGAAGCAACGGUUUGAAGAUCAGCGCUACGGAGAGAUCGGCAGAGAAGAGGUGAUGAGUUACAGCCAGCUCUGUUCGCUGCUAGGAGUGAAGCAGGAAGACCCGGAGCCCAAUUCUUGGCACUCGAGCACAGUGGAAACCUUCCUUGCUUCUCCGUCAGGGAAGAGAACUAAAAGGAGAAGGGAAGACAGCAUCCAGGAGGACCGGGGCAGCUUUGUAACAACGCCCACUGCUGAGCUGUCCAACCAGGAGGAGAGUCUUUUGGACAACUUCCUAGACUGGAGCUUGGACGCUUGCUCGGGUUACGAGGGAGAUCAGGAAAGCGAAGGAGAGAAGGAAGGGGACGUUACAUCACCCAGUGGCGUCCUGGACGUAGCUGUAGUCUAUGUGGAUCCCAAAGACCAUUGCUGCGAAGACUCCAGUGACGAAGAGUCCCUUUCUGAGGGUGGGUCUGCACACGAUCUGAGUAAAAGUGACCCACCAGGUGGGAUGAAGAAGUGGCUUGUGUGCCACACCCUCCGAGAAUCCACUCUGGAAGCCAGCUCUGGUUAUUCCUCUGUCAAUAGCGCCAGCUCUCCUCCUACUGCGAAUGGCAACUUCGCCGCAGCUCCUAAAACUACCUCAGUGAAUCCUGUGAAGAACCAAGGCCUACCUCUGCCUCAGGAUGCAAAAUCACGUUUACCUUCCGAUUGCGCUAGGCCUGACAGGAAGAGCAACCGGAGGCGGGUGAAGAGGAAAAACGUGGCUGAGUACAGUGAAGCAGAAAGGAUGAAUUUGGGCUUCAUAAGCCUUUGAUACGCUACUACUCUUUCCUCGGUCAGUCUGGAAAAAUGAGACAUUCUCAUUAAGCCUCUGGUUGGGUGCCAUAAAAUGGUUGCCAGGCUGCCUUCAGCACGGUGGGUUGUAAGCUGUGCAGCACUGUUUGCCACUGAUGUUUACUUCAGAACUUCCCUGAGUUUCUGUCCUCCCUUCAGUUGCUUCUGGCAGUGGUAUGUUAGCAACCAUGUCAGCAGACCUUGCUAUAUCGAAGUCCCUAGAGACAAGCGGGGGAGAAUCCUGCCUCCGAUUCUUCCCACUCUAUGCAAAUAACAUCUUCCUGACUUGUGCCAAAUGAGUGUUCCACUCAAAAUCCCUUUUGUCCCUGCAAGAUUUGGUGCAAAAUUUGGCCUCUGUCACAAAAACCACACUUGCAGCUUGUUAACUUGUAUUACUGGGAUAUGCUCACUGGUUUAACGUCUAGCCUCGCUACUGGCUGCGAUCCUUCAAAUUAGCAUCUUCCAGAGUGCUGUGCUAAAAAUACUGUUUUACAGGUGAAUGUCUCUUAAAUUGAGGUCUGGUGCUAAACUGCUACAAGGAUUCAUGCCAAUGAAUUAUGUCCUAAUGGUUUACUGGAAACCCUUCUACAUCUGUGUUUAACUCUCUCUUUUUUCCCUUUCUAGCCCUCUUUGAUGUUGCUCUGGUCUCUUAACCUUUGUUCAGAUUUUAUAUGCUCCUGCCUAAAAAAAUUCAGAUUCUUGGUGUCUGACUUUCUCCAAUGUAAAGCUGGGCUUCAGCAAUGGUACCGUAGAGCAUGGGGUGGGGGAAAGCAGCUAAUGAUUUGAACUCAACCUGAAUUAUAUUUGUGAGCAUAGCAGGAGGUUUGAAGCACAAAUCAGUUUGGGGCCAUUUUUAACUACACUUGGUGUGCCAUUGCUGUUAGAAAUUAUGGAAUGAAUUGUCCUUUGCAAAAGGGUUGAUUACACUAAGACGACACUUGGAAUUCCAUGCCUUUAGACAUUCAAGCUUGGAUUUUCUUCCACUGGAGUAACUGCUUCAGUACAUGAGGAAAAACCUGGACUGGACACUGCCCCACAGCCUUCUUUCUGUGUUCUAAAGCUGUAAGAAAACUCUUGAGCAGCAGCCUAUGUUCCGUCUUUAGGGGUACAGAAUAAGGCUGUUGUGUCGUCAAUAAAUGAUUCUUCUCUAGAGCGUUUGCCAAGAUACAUACACUUGAGUGAUGUUACAACUGUAAGAAUCUGAGAAACACUGGAUCAUCUCAGUUCUUUUUUAUAUAUAUAAAGGAGGUAAUGUCAGUGACAAUUUAUGUUGGCUCGUGACCACAUUUUUAUAAAAAAAAUAAACCAUGUUUUUAUACAA